UUCAAGUUGUUGAUGUUUUGUUUGCCGCUGUGUUUUGUUUGGUAUUUAUAAUUUAUUGUUUGUACUAAAUAAAAAAUGAAGGCUGAUCCAGCUCCACCUGGAGAAAAACCUAAAAUUCCAUUACCAACUCUAUCUCAAAUUAAUGCGGACAGAAUAACUCAACUCGCCAGCCAAUACUGGUCUCCACAAACUAAGGACAACCACUUACCUUAUGAUGCUUCUAUUGUGGAGUCUAUCUACCAAGCUGAAAUUCUUGGAUCCAAUUUCUCAGUACGACGGAUCAUGAUGCUGGAGUUCUCCCAGUACCUGGAGUGCUACCUGUGGCCGCACUAUGAGGCGGGCAAGGCGACACACGCGCACAUGAUGUCCAUCAUCGUCAUGAUCAAUGAGAAGUUCCGGGAACGAGUCCAGGCUUGGCAGGCUUUCCUGAAGAAACCAGAGCACUUCCCAGCGUUCUUCGAGCAGGUGCUCCGGGCGAGCGUGGCGGACGACGUCAGCAGCCGCAACAUGCGCGAGCAGACGGGGCUGCUGCUGUUCCUCAACCACUGCUUCGGCAGCAUGGAGGUGCAGCUCUGCAGGGACCGCGUCAAGCGGCUCGUGUCGCUCAGCAUGUGGAUCAGUUUGCAACAAGGCAGGAGAAACCAAGAAUUCAAAGCGGUGCCAAAGUGGAAGAAGUAUUGGCGGGCGAUACAAAAGAAGGACAAACCAGAACUGCUGGAUAAGUUGAACUGGGAAAGGAGGUACUUGCAGCAGCUCAUGAUAAAGUUCAUGAGGAUCCUGGAAACCAUACCGGAGACUGGGGAUGUCGAUGCUAAUGCUGUCAGAUACUGCGAGCGUUUCCUGGAGCUGAUGAUAGACCUGGAGGCGCUGCUGCCGACGCGGCGCUUCUUCAACACCGUGCUGGACGACUGCCACCUCGUGGUGCGCAGCCGGCUGGCAGCGCUCGCGCGCCGACCCGAGGGACAGCUCUUCACUCAGCUGCUGCAAAUGCUGAAAUUCUACGCGCACUUCGAGAUCAGCGACGAGACUGGCGACCCGAUGACAGACCGCGACAUGACUCUGCAGCACUACUCCAGAAUCACAUCAUUGCAGAAAGCGGCGUUUGCGAAGUUCCCUGACCUGCGUCUGUUUGCCCUGGCGAAUGUAGCUAGCGUGGAUACCCGGGAAUCUCUACAGAAACACUUCGGGAAUCUUAGCGACAAGGCGCUGCGGGACAUCGCAACAUAUUUGAAUCUCGUACCAGCAGAAGGCAAAGAAAAGGAGGCGCCAUGGCACAGAGUAGACAAAGAGUUCCUCAAAGAGUUACUGAUAUCUCGCCACGAACGCCGUAUUUCCCAAUUAGAAGAAUUAAAUUCAAUGCCUCUGUACCCCACUGAGGGAGUGAUAUGGGAUGAAAAUGUGGUCCCCACGGAGAUCUACAGCGGGGAGAACUGCCUUGCGCUGCCUAAGCUUAACCUGCAGUUCUUGACGCUGCACGACUAUCUCCUAAGGAACUUCAAUCUCUUUCGCCUUGAGAGCACAUAUGAAAUUCGGCAAGACAUCGAAGAUGCGGUUUACCGACUUGCUCCAUGGCAUGCGGAAGACGGCAGCGUAUUCUUCGGAGGAUGGGCACGUAUGGCGCACCCCAUCACGAGUUUCGCUGUAGUCGAAGUGGCGAAGCCGAACAUUGGAGAGAAGGCUCCUUCUAGAGUGAGGGCCGACGUCACAGUCACCCUCAGCGUGAGGAACGAGAUCAAACAUGAGUGGGAGAACCUGAGGAAGCAUGACGUCUGCUUCCUUAUCACUGUCAGACCUACUCAGGGCAUUGGAACCAAAUACGACUAUAGACAGAGUAUGGUUGAACAAGCUGGUAUAAUAUAUGUGAGGGGUUGCGAAGUGGAGGGAAUGUUGGACGCUGCGGGAAGAGUCAUUGAGGAAGGCCCUGAGCCGAAACCAGAACUCGACGGAGAUUCCAGAACUUUCCGGUUGCUACUGGAUCCUAAUCAGUACAGACUGGAUUUGGACCGCGCCAGCAAAGGCAAUGAGGACGUAUACGAGACAUUCAAUAUCGUGAUGCGUCGCAAACCAAAGGAGAACAAUUUCAAAGCCGUGCUGGAGACGAUUCGCGAGCUGAUGAACACGGAGUGCGUGGUGCCCGAGUGGCUGCACGACAUCGUGCUCGGCUACGGCGACCCGGGGCAGGCGCAUUACACCAGAAUGCCGAAUGAGAUAUCGACCCUGGACUUCAACGACACAUUCCUGGACAUGGAGCACCUGAGGAACAGCUUCCCAGGCUACGAGAUCAAAGUGAAGACCGACGACCCGCGCAAACUCGUUAGACCUUACAAGGUGACAUUCGAGAAUGUAUUGAGGAAACAGCAGCUCGGCGAAAAAGCGAUGGAAGAAGAUGAAGAAAUCAAGUCCAUCGUGGUUGAGCCCCACGUGCAGCCGAAGCGAGGUCCUUACUUAUACAACGAGCCUAAGAAGAACAAUAUCCUAUUCACGCCGACGCAGGUGGAGGCGAUCCGGUCGGGCAUGCAACCGGGCUUGACGCUGGUGGUCGGGCCUCCGGGAACAGGCAAAACGGACGUGGCGGUGCAAAUAAUAUCGAACCUGUACCACAAUUUCCCGUGGCAGCGCACCCUGGUGGUGACGCACAGCAACCAGGCGCUCAACCAGCUGUUCGAGAAGGUGGCCGAGCUGGACGUGGACGAGCGCCAUCUGCUGCGUCUCGGGCACGGCGAGGAGGCGCUGCAGACUGACAAGGAUUUCUCCAGAUACGGGCGAGUGAACUACGUGCUGGCCAAGCGGCUGGAGCUGCUGUCGCUGGUGGCGCGCUUGCAGGACACGCUGGGCGCGGGCGGGGACGCGGGCGCUACGUGCGAGCUGGCGCACCACUUCCACGUGUACCACGUGCGGCCGCGGUGGCUGGCCUUCCUCGACCAGUGUGCCCUGCAGAGCAAAUCUCCGGAAACGGUGAGCAAAGAGUUCCCGUUCCACGAGUUUUUCGAUGACGCGCCCAAACCGCUGUUCCCUGGGAAAUCCUAUGAGGAGGACAUGGAUAUCGCCCAGAGCUGUUACAGGUAUAUCGACCACAUUUUCGAAGAAUUAGAAGAAUUCCGCGCGUUCGAACUCCUGCGCUCGGGGCUGGACCGGUCCAAGUACCUGCUAGUGAAGGAAGCCAAGAUCAUCGCCAUGACCUGCACGCACGCCGCACUCAAACGAUCGGAGCUCGUGCAAAUGGGUUUCAAAUACGACAACAUACUAAUGGAGGAAUCGGCACAAAUUCUUGAGAUCGAGACGUUUAUUCCUCUAUUACUCCAAAACCCUCAAGACGGGCGGUCGAGACUCAAGCGCUGGAUAAUGAUCGGCGACCACCAUCAGCUGCCGCCGGUCGUCAAGAACAUGGCCUUCCAGAAGUACUGCAACAUGGAGCAGAGCUUGUUCACCAGGAUGGUCAGGCUCGGGGUUCCGUACGUGGAACUGGAUGCGCAGGGUCGUGCUAGACCUAGCAUCUGCAACCUGUACCGCUGGCGAUACCGCGCGCUGGGCGACCUGUCGCACGUAACUCGGCAGCCCGAGUACCGCGCAGCCAACGCCGGCCUCCGCUACGACUUCCAGCUCGUCAACGUCGACGACUUCAACGGCGCCGGCGAGACCGAGCCCAGCCCUUACUUCUAUCAGAAUUUGGCGGAGGCAGAGUACGUGGUAGCCGUGUUCAUGUACAUGCGGCUAGUGGGGUGGCCGGCGUCCAAGAUCUCCAUCCUGACCACGUACAACGGGCAGAAGCAUCUCAUCCGUGACGUCAUCGAUAAACGCUGCGCCGACAACCCGCUCAUUGGUCGGCCGCAUAAGGUUACUACCGUGGACAAAUACCAAGGUCAACAGAACGACAUCGCUCUUGUGUCUUUGGUGCGGACUAAAGCUGUUGGUCAUGUGAGGGACCUGAGGCGCCUCAUCGUGGCUGCCUCCAGGGCUCGGCUAGGGCUCUACAUCUUCGCUAGGGUCAACCUUUUCAGGAAUUGCUUCGAGCUACAGCCCACUUUCAAUCAGUUAGUGGAGCGUCCGCUGGAGCUGGAGCUGGUGCCGGGCGAGCGGUACCCGGCGCAGCGCGCGGCGCAGGCGCCGGCGCCGGCCGCGCUGGUGCUGCGCGUGCGCGACAUGCCGCACAUGGCGCGCUACGUCUACGACCUCUACCUCGACACCGUGCGCGCCGCCGACCACCGACAACGGCCCGGCCCUAGCACGUGGUCUGCGCCGGGUACAGAGUCUGCAGCGCGCCCCCAGCAGCCGGAACACUUCGUGCCCUCCCAUCCCGGGGCCGCCCCCGACAGCGACGACGAGGACUUCACACCCACGCAGAUCGUCAACGAAGUCGAAGAAACACCUCAAACUUAAUACGUAAUUUUCUGACAUCUCUCCAUCACCUUGUAAAUGUGAACAUUAUAGGUAAACAUAAAACCCGCUUCAUACAAGGUAAGACGUUUUAAAACAAUUGAUUUGAAGUAACAGUAUACAAAAUCACCGUGUAUGAAUCGGGUCUUCCGUCUUUCUUUAGUGUAUCGUGUUCUGUUGCGAUUUAGUGAGAAUGUGUACAAUUGUGUAUGAAGUAAUAAAUAAAUAAUUUAAGUUCUC